AUGAGCGUCACUCAAUACGUCCCAGAGCGCGCGGAGCCGACGCUUGCGCGCGGUUGGCUGGCCGAGAGGGGGGGGCGUGUCGUCGGCGAGUGCCGCCCCCCUCCGCCAGGGGUCUUUGUGAUCGAGCCGCCAAACCACAUCAGGCGCUCGCCGGUGGCGCCACGCGUGCCCGACCAACUCCACCCUAACCUCAAAGCGGUCGCGCGGACACGGGAUCCAGGGACGGUGCGCUAUCGGGUGACGCGGGCCGAGCAACCUCACGUGCCGGGCGGUGUGAGCGAGUCACGCCUGGCGCCGCCAGCCGUCAAGAUAGCCACAGAGUCGAAGUUGCAGCUGUGCGGCGGCUGGGGCGGGCAGGGUGGCUACGCACUCGAGAGUUGCGUGGACUCUGGUCUGCUCCGGCCACCGCCGCAGCCGCACUCGAGCCAACUGGGCACCGUGUACGCGACGAAGAGGCGGCGGAGGAAUGGAAAGAGG